GUCCGACAUGGUCACUGGCCAGUAUGGAGACUUGACAAGCUUGACCGACAAUCCUUGACCCGAGAAUGCAGGAAAAAGGAACAGUCCAUCCCAUAUCAGUAUAGGGACAUCCAUAACGACUCACUUCUGCCUGUAUCGCUGCAGGUACAAGCUGUACAAAGUAUAGCCCUUGUUGUUCUCAUAUGAGACCGUCAAACACAGCCUAUUCUUCGUCCAAACAAAACGACAUCCAUCAUGAGCCACACGGAAGAAAAAAUACCAGAGAACAGAGCCCUCAUAAUCGGUGCUGGGCCAGCAGGUCUCACCUUGGCACAGAUUUUAUGUCGUCACAACAUCCCAUUUGCAUUCUUUGAAAGAGCCAAAAGCGUCACGAAGAAGCGACAAGGUUGGGCAGUGGGACUGAUGGAAGACGAGUGCGAACUGGGGGGGCCACGCGAGCCCGAUUCCCUCGGCCUCCUGGACGGCAAGACGGGCCACGCAUUCGCCAAACUCGGCGGCGUCCCCUACGAGCAGCCAGGUUUCUUCCUCCGUGCGAAACGUGACUUGCUUCGCGGCCAUCUCGCUCGACAUCUGGAGGUCGCCACGGACAAGCGUUUGCUCUCGUACACGGAGGACUCGACGGGCGUGACAGUUUUCUUCGCCGACGGCACCAGCGCCCGCGGUCGGAUUUUGAUAGGUGCAGACGGUGCGUAUUCCGUCGUGCGCAGACAACUUCUGUGGCCCAACGCCAUGCCUCAGUUGAGCCAGAACAUUCCGACGAACGGGGAAUGCACCCUCGUCCGCUCCGAGUACGAACCGUUGCGGCGCCCGGGCAACUCGGUCCUCUCCGCCGCUCUCCCGGGGGUCUUUUUCAACAUCGGACUCGUCUCCGUCGAGCCCGAUCGCUCCAGGGGCGAGUUUUACUGGGGCGUCGCGUUCCAGAGCGAUAACCCAACACGAGACUCGAACUGGGCAGCCGAGGCCGAUCGCCAGACCUUGUACGACAAAUGUGUCGAGCUGACGCGCGACAUGCCAGCGUGGUUGACCAGCAUCAUCCAUAAAACAGGUCCGGGAGGGAUGAACAUGCCUUGCAUCAAGUUCGUCGAGUACGUCCCACCGGAGACACUGCCAAAGGGAGGGAGAGUGACGUAUAUGGGCGACGCGGCUCACACCAUGAUCCCUUUCAAAGGUGCCGGGGCAAAUACCGCCGUCACGGACUCUUGCGAUUUGGGCAGACUCAUCGUGCGGGCUUUUGAAGACGAUGACGGACCCGGCUGGACCGGAAUAGCUGGGGUCCUCGACGAGUAUAACUCAUCACGCUGCCACGGGGACGUGAGGCUGUGCUCGGUAGCAGAGCGGCAGUAUCACCGGUAUGAUAGAUGGGAGGGUCACUACACACCCGCCAGUUACUGA